GCGGUGGAGUGAGAGACGGAGAGUGUGAAAGACAGGAGAGGGAGAGAAAUCUGUUCUCACUGAGAAAAAACCAGGUUGGUCCGCUGUAUUUUCGCGCUACAGUGGACUUUACAGCUCUGUUCAGAGUCACACUUUUGGCUACAAACACACACUUUUCUCUCUCUCUCUCUCUCUCUCUUGCUCUCUCUCUUUCUCUCUCUUAGAAUACUGUACACUACACACACACACACACACACACACAAACGCUCAACAACCGGACAGCACGGCACAACUGAUGGUGGACGUGAGCACGGCAGCACUGCCCAUGCAGGUGCCCCCCACCACCACAGCCAUCCUUCCCAUGGAUCUGCGCGUAGUGGACCAUCCUCACCUCCACCAUCACCACCUCCACCUCCACCACCAGCAGCCCCCCUUCAGCCUGGUUCCCCAGCCCCACCCUACACCGCCCGUCUCCACAGCCUGUCCGGUGUCCUCGGAGCCAGGCCGCGGGCCAGUCAUUAACCACCAGGAGCAGCAGCUGCAGCAGGAGCUGGUGACUCUCAAACACAAGCAGCAGCUCCAGAGGCAGCUUCUGAUCGCUGAGUUCCAGAGGCAGCAUGAACAGCUGUCGCGACAACAUGAAGUCCAGCUGCAGGAACAUAUCAAGUCUUGUGUCUCUCUCCACCAGCACCAACAGGAUUUACUGGCCCUCAAGCACCAACAGGAGCUGUUGGAGCACCAGAGGAAGAUGGAGCAGCAGCGUCACGAGCAGGAGAUUGAGAAGAAGCAGCGGGAACACAAACUCCUACAGCUCAAAAACAAGGAGAGGGGACAGGAGAGUGCAGUCGCCAGUACAGAGGUUAAGAUGCGGCUUCAGGAGUUUGUCCUGAACAAGAAGAAAGCCCUGGCUCAGCGAAACCUAAACCACUGUCUGCCCAGUGACCCACGCUUUUGGUAUGGAAAAACCCAGCACAGCUCUUUGGACCAGAGCUCUCCUCCUCAAACAGCAUUGUCAGCGUACACCCACCCAAUGCUCGGCACAUAUGACUCAAAAGACGACUUCCCGCUCCGCAAAACAGCCUCUGAGCCAAACUUGAAGCUUCGUUCCCGGCUAAAGCAGAAGGUGACAGAGCGCCGCAGCAGCCCUCUGCUCCGAAGGAAAGAUAGUCCCAUCACUACUGCCAAGAAGCGUUCCCUAGACGUGGCUGAGUCUGCAUGCAACAGUGCACCAGGCUCAGGUCCCAGCUCCCCCAACAACAGCUCCAGUAACAUCCCCAAUGAGAACGGGGUCACCAUCUCCAGCUGCCCAGGAGAGGCCUCCCUGCUUCAGAGGUUGGCUGCAAGGGAAUGUUCCAUUAGCCAGCUCUCUCUCUACACCUCCCCUUCUCUGCCCAACAUCACCCUGGGACUGCCAGCCACAGGCCCUGCUAGCACUUUGAUGUCAGGACAUCAAGAUGGCGAGAGUCGUCUGGUAUUGCCUGCAUUACAGCAGAGCAUUUCUCUGACCCCUCCAUUCCUGCCCACUGCCCACCUGCCCUCCUACUUGGCAUCCUCAGCUCUUGACAGGGAGGGGGCCGGAGGGGGCACGGCUGGUCACAACCCCCUUCUCCAACACAUGGUACUGCUGGAGCAGAGCCACAAUCCAAUGGUUGGUCUGGCUGGCCUCUCUCUACAAUCGCCUUCUGUCUCCAAGCUUGCGCGUGGCCACCGUCCCCUUGGAAGAACCCAGUCGGCCCCUCUGCCCCAGCAGCAAUGUGGACAGGCCCAAGCUCUGCAGCAGCUGGUCGUCCAGCAGCAACACCAGCAGUUCCUGGAGAAACACAAACAACAGUUUCAACAGCAGCAGCACAUCAUCAACAAGAUUAUGUCCAAGCCCAGCGAUCAGGUCUCGGCUGGAAACUCCAGUGCCUCAGGGCCGGCCAGGCAGCACCAGAGUCACCCAGAGGAGACAGAAGAGGAGCUCAGGGAGCACCAGGGGCUCUCCCUGUCGCCCUCCUCCUCUAACAUGUCCGCGCAGGAGACGGGGCCUCUGCGAGGGAUGGUCAUCAAGCAGGAGCCCCCAGACCCCCAAGAGCAGGAGGAGAGAGAGAUAAGGGACAGACAGGCUGAGCAGGACUUCCUGUUCCGACAGCAGCAGGCUCUGCUGUUAGAGCAACAGCGGAUCCACCAGCUGAGGAACUACCAGGCCUCCAUGGAAGUAGCCGGGUUAUCAGUCAGCUUCGCAGGACACCGCCCCCUCUCCAGGGCUCAGUCAUCUCCAGCCUCCGCCUCCUUCCCCAUGGUCGUACAGGAGCCCCCUGCCAAGCCUCGAUUUACUACAGGUCUGGUGUACGACUCUUUGAUGCAGAAGCACCAGUGUAUGUGCGGCAACACCACCAGCCACCCAGAGCACGCUGGCCGCAUCCAGAGCAUCUGGUCCCGAUUACAGGAAACAGGCCUCAGGGCUCACUGCGAGUGUAUCCGCGGUAGGAAGGCCUCACUGGAGGAGUUACAGACGGUCCACUCUGAAGCCCACGUCCUGCUGUAUGGAACCAACCCACUGCGGCAGAAACUAGACUGUUCAGUGAGCCCCAUGUUUGUGAGGUUACCAUGCGGGGGCGUAGGGGUGGACAAUGACACCAUUUGGAAUGAGGUCCAUUCAUCCAGUGCUGCUCGUCUGGCCGUCGGCUCGGUGGUGGAGCUGGUCUUCAAAGUAGCAUCAGGAGAACUGAAGGUUAGGUUGUUUUUAGGGAUAAGAAUGACUGAAGACAUUUAAUAACAUUUAACAUGGAACCAACACGAAACAAGC